GUAAACUUCAGACUUCAACUCAUGGUAAACUCUUUGCAACCUUGGGGGGGAAUUACUACUUACUCUGCUAAACACUUCACAACAUACUUGGAUGUGCAUCAUAAAUUAUCUUCACUAAAUUCCAAGCUCAAACCUUAAGCUUCCAGCUAAAAUGAGAUUAGCUCUGCACACAGUCAUCUGCUGCUGUGUUUUCACCACUGUCCUGCCACUGGUGAAAUGUGCCACAGGGGAGAUCAACACCAGCCUGAAAAAAAGGUCCAAAGUGGUCCAGAGCCGUAUGAAGAGAGACCUGUGCGACACCUUAUUGACAGCUGCUGAGCACCUAGCUGACAUCAGUUUUGGAUCGCAGCAGGACGAGAAUGGAAAAUUGGCCUCACUUCCGUCAAGCUUAGGGCUACAUAUCAGACGCAGAAGGUCAACAUCCAGCAAAUCCGCAGGCUGCGCCUUGGUCACCUGUGCAAUACACGACCUGCUCUUCAAACUGCAGCGGAUGACCAACACCGCAAGAGAGAUCAAUGCCCCUGAGCAAAAGAUGGGCUCCACCGGGUAUGGGCGCCGCCGACGCUCACUCCUGGAUGUCUCUAGGCUCGCCCUCCAGACAGGAAGACAAAGGCGGAGCACUGAAGCUGGUCAGCGAGUUCCCAGACACAAAAGCACACGCACAGUGUCCUAAAGACAGGCAUGGAAAGGCAAAGGAGAAUCCUUGUUGGGGUUAUUUGCUCACAGCAGAUCAAGAUAAGUCCCCUCAGAGGUUUUAUUCCACUGAUUUACAUCUAGAUUCACAGAAAGACGGGCUGCUACAGUCCGUCAAAGGAGGAUUUGCAUAGUUCACUCUGAAUGAAAGAGAGAUUUCAAUCAUAGAUUCCUGCAUGCAUCAGUGUGUCUGAACUAGGGAUGUUACAAUAUCCAAAAUGUAGCAGUCGAUACCAAUACCAGUGAAAAUCCACUAUUCGCCGUACAAUUUCGAUACCAAGGGAAAAAUUGGAAAGAAAAAACAAAUACUCUGUCCCAAAAACAUGUAGUCUCGAGAACCUUACGGUACUACUACCUGUAGAAUUGUAAAAUAACCUAAUAAUGUUUAUAUAAUAUUGGCGCUGACUUCGUUCCAAAGUAUCGGUCCUUGUGAAAUCCCUAGUCAGAACAAGUGUAAUUUAUGGAUGAGUUCAAAUCACGCCUGUGGGACUUGACAAGAAUGUCCGUCUCUUCUUCAGCUUCCAAAGUGAGCUUGGCAGCUGAGACGGAAGACAAUUCCUGAAGAUCUUCUCUGAAAUAACCAUGACCUGGAGAGGAACGGAGGCCACGAGCGGGAGGAUUUUUCUGACAUUACCGGACCCAAGACUGCCACAUGGACUACCUGGAUUUGAUGAACUUCUUGUGAAGUGCAAUUUUGACAAUUUGUACUACGAUAUUAAAAAACAUAUAAUUAUCUGCUUGUAUAUAAGGAUUUAUAAAGCUACCUUAUAUUUAAGCAUACAACUAUAUUUUAAAAAUAUAUAUUAAACUUCAAUGAAGUAUGUAUCUUAACUGUCAAUAACCAUCGUGUCCUGUAUUCUUCAUGUAAAUUAAGUAUCUUGUCAAUGAGUAUUGUCUUUUUUGUAAUGUUAUUGUGGUGUUUGUACUGUAUUGGAAACUAAUUACAUUAGAGAUGUCCUUUGUUUGGAUGAGGAAAGUCUUACAUACCAAAAACUACUAAUUAGUCAUCCAGUUCUUGGCGGGACUACGGAUGAUAUGUAGAGGGAUGGAGAGCCAGUAGUAGAAGUACUGAUUAGACAAUACAAGUGUUGUGCUGCCAUCUAGCUUUACAGAAAGAUACAUGUAACAGAUGCAGCUUGAACAAAGCACUUCAUGUGGUGAUGCUAAAUGUUUAAUCUUUAGCGCUUUCAUUUUGAAUGUAUCUGCUUUUUUAUUCGAAUGUAGUAAAUCCUAAUUAAGUCAUGAUUCAGCUGAAAUGAAUUGACAUGGUGUUAGGUAACAUGAUUAAUGGUCUCGGUAUGGUGAAACGCAGCAGGAACUGUAAUAGUUUUCAGCUGGCUGUGACAUCCUUCUUUUUUAAAUAAAUGAAUGCAACAAAGA